CUAUCAACGACAAAUCGAACAGAGCGAGGCUCUAUUCCCACACUCACCAGACCAAGCAAAGGCACAAGUUUCCUACCCGAAUCCUCUGACCCGAUCCACCCCCGAAAAUGAACGACGCCGAUGUAUCCAAGCAGAUCCAGCAGAUGGUCCGCUUCAUCCGCCAAGAAGCGGAGGAGAAGGCCAAUGAGAUCUCCGUCUCCGCCGAGGAAGAAUUCAAUAUUGAGAAGUUGCAGCUAGUGGAGGCUGAGAAGAAAAAGAUCAGACAGGAGUAUGAGCGCAAAGAGAAACAAGUUCAAAUCCGCAAGAAAAUUGAGUACUCAAUGCAACUUAAUGCUUCCCGCAUCAAGGUUCUUCAAGCUCAGGAUGAUUUGGUCAAUUCCAUGAAGGAGGAUGCAUCAAAGGAGCUUUUGAAUGUUAGCCAUCACCACCAUAGCUAUGAGCACCUCCUGAAGGAUCUUAUUGUUCAGGGUUUGCUGAGGCUGAAAGAGCCAUCUGUGUUAUUGCGCUGUCGUAAAGCUGACUUACAUCAUGUGGGGUCUGUCUUGCACUCGGCAAAGGAGGAGUAUGCCGAGAAGGCGAAGGUUCAUCCUCCUGAGAUCAUAGUUGAUGAUAUCCACCUACCACCUGCCCCUUCUCAUCACAAUUCACACGGUCCUUUCUGCUCUGGAGGUGUAGUGUUGGCUUCUAGAGAUGGGAAAAUUGUAUUUGAGAACACUCUUGAUGCUAGACUCGAUGUUGUCCUCCGCAAAAAAUUGCCAGAGAUACGCAAGAGCUUAUUUGGUCAGGUUGCUGCUUGAUGAUUGAAAGUAUUCUACAUUUACCAGAACCAUCUUAUGUUGGAUGGGUUGCUUUCAAGCUUUUCCCGGUUUGAGAUUAGUGAUCAAACUAGAAAUUACACAUCUGAUGUUCCUAUGUUCUUUUUCAUUGAGUGCAUGCCCUCCGUUAGCAAAGGUGCGUCCUCGUUCCUUAUUGCACCGAGGGGCUAUUCAAAGCAUUACUUAUGUAAUAUUUAUUCAACUUUUAGCUCAAACCUGCAAUUUAUUGUUUAUUAAUUUGUACUAUAACUGUAAGCGGCUCGGUCCUAGCAUUCGUUGCCUUGAGAUAAUAAAUCAGAUUGGGAGACGAUGGUCUUUGAAUUCAGCUAUAAUAUAUCUCUGUUUGUUUUA